AUGACAGUCGGAAACAUCUACUUCAUCGCGGCCAUCGCCGUCCUUGGCGGUGGUCUGUUCGGUUUCGACAUCUCUUCCAUGUCCGCUAUCAUAGCCACGCAAGAAUAUCUCUGUUACUUCAAUCAAGGUGGCCUCAACGAGCAAGGAACAUGCGUCGGUCCGCGAUCAGACGUCCAAGGCGGUAUCACUGCCUCUAUGCCAGGAGGCUCAUUCGUCGGCGCACUCGUCUCCGGAUUUCUCAGCGACAUCUUUGGCAGGAAGAAAGCCAUCAUGAUCGGAGCCGUCAUCUGGUGCAUCGGUUGUGUAAUCGUUUCUGCCUCUCAGAACAUCGGCAUGCUCGUCGUAGGCCGCUUCAUCAAUGGCGUCUGCGUCGGUAUCUGCUCCGCUCAAGUUCCCGUCUACAUCUCCGAGCUAGCGCCCCCGUCCAAGCGAGGUCGUCUCGUUGGUGCGCAGCAGUGGGCUAUCACUUGGGGAAUAAUGAUUAUGUUCUACAUCUCCUAUGGCUGCUCCAAGAUCAAGAACACCUCCGCUUUCCGCAUCCCCUGGGCGGUCCAAGCUGUCCCAGCAAUCAUGCUCUUCGUCGGAAUGCUCUUCCUCCCGGAGUCUCCUCGCUGGCUGGCGCGCAAAAACCGCUGGGACGACUGCGAGCGCGUCUUGAUCCUAGUCCAUGGCCACGGGGACCCCCACUCGCCUUUCGUGGCUAAAGAGCUCGCUGAGAUCAAAGAAACCUGCGAGUUUGAGCGCCACAACGCCGAUGUCACGUAUUGGGAGCUUCUCAAGCCCCGGAUGAUUAACCGCACCCACAUCGGCGUCUUCACGCAGAUUUGGAGUCAGCUGACCGGUAUGAACGUGAUGAUGUACUACAUCACUUACGUCUUUGCCAUGGCUGGUCUGACCGGCGACACUCUCCUCGUUUCCUCGUCGAUCCAGUACGUGAUCAACGUCUUGAUGACCAUACCAGCCCUUCUUUACGUCGACCGCUGGGGCCGUCGUCCGACUCUCCUCGUCGGCGCCGCGCUGAUGGCCACAUGGCUCUUCACUAACGCCGGUGUCCUCGCCGCCCGUGGAAGGCCAGCACCUCCAGGCGGUGUAGGCGGCGUGAAGGAAGCAUCGUGGGAGGUGAGCGGCCCGCCGAGCAAGGCCGUCAUCGCGUGCUCCUAUCUCUUUGUCGCCUCAUUUGCAACUACUUGGGGUCCGGUCUCGUGGAUCUACCCGCCUGAGCUCUACCCGCUCCGCGUUCGUGGAAAGGCGGUCGCGCUCUCGACGUCAGCGAACUGGAUCAUGAACUUCGCGCUCGGCUACUUCGUCCCACCGGCGUUUGUGAAUAUUCAGUGGCGAACCUAUCUCAUCUUUGGCGUUUUCUGCGUCUCCAUGUUCAUUCAUGUCUUCUUCUUGUUCCCGGAGACAGCGGGCAAGACGCUGGAGGAGGUCGAGGGCAUGUUCCUGGAUCCGGACGGCAUCAAGAACAUCGGCACCCCGGCGUGGAAGACUAGGGUCACGACGAAGCAAGUUAGUCAGCUGGAGAGGGGCAAUGUGGAUGCUGAGAAGGGUGCGGUGGUACACAGGGAUGAUACAAACAACAGCCCUGAGAGGAUGGAUUCAGCGGCGGAGAAGGAGUACCGGCCAUAA